AUGACGCGCGCACCAGUCAUUUCGAUCUCACACGGAGGCGGUCCCAUGCCUGUCCUCGGCGACCCAUCACACAAGGCCAUUGUGCAAUCUCUGCAGACCAAAGUGCCGAAGCUUCUACGGCUGAACACCCCAGAUGCGCCACGGGCUAUCAUCCUUGUGACCGCCCACUGGAGUGAGCGAAACCCCACCAUCUCCUCCGAGAAAAAGCACAAGCUAUACUACGAUUACGGAGGCUUCCCGCCCGAGGCGUAUAAGCUGAAGUACGAUGCGCCGGGCUCGCCAGAGGUUGCAAAAGAAGUCGCAGACGCACUAAGAAGCCAAGGAUUCACGCCAGAUAUGGAUGAUGAGAGAGGCUGGGACCAUGGAGUCUUCAUCCCGAUGAUGUUGAUCCAUCCGUCCGCAACCGUACCCAUAGUCCAGCUCUCCGUGCUCGACUCUGAGUCUCCUGCAGACCACUACCGUAUGGGUCAAGCGCUCUCCAAGCUGCGCGACUCGAAUGUUGCAAUCAUUGGCUCUGGUUUUGCAACAUUCCAUAAUUUGCGCCUGAUGUUUAGCGGAGCUGCUCAUAAUCCCGAUUUCCGUGGGCGAAACAAGGAAUGGAGUGAUGCAGUAUCGGACGGUGUGUUGGAGCCGGACGUCGAGGCACGCAAGACGAAGCUUGAAGACUGGCGAAAGUGGCCUAACAGCUAUGAGAUGCAUCCCCGGCAUGGUAGUGAGCACUUUCUGCCGCUAAUUGUCUGUGCCGGGGCUGCGGGAGAGGGUAAGGGUGGUAGUUAUACGGAUGAGUUUAUGGGGAUGGAAUACUACUCUUUCUACUGGGAGUAG